AUGCAUCUAAAGGAGAAUCGAGUUCUAGAGAAAUAUCGGGAGUCGUUAAAAGGCGACAAAUGUACAGAAGAAGACUCUUUAACCAGACACAUCAAAACAAAACACAAAGAAAUUAAUUUCACGUGUCCGCAUUGCCCGAAAGCGUACUUAACCAGAGCUAGUUUGAAUCACCACAUCAAAGGCCAUCACGGCGACUCCACAGAGAGAAAAAAAUACACUUGUCCUUAUUGCGACAAAAUAUUCUCGAACGUUAGAACGAAAAACGCGCACGUCAGGAUACACGAGGGCAUUAAGAUCAACUGCCCGCAUUGCCCGAGCACCUUGGCGACGAAAUCCAGCUUGAAAGCGCACAUCAAACAAAUACACGAAAGUGCCCCCAAACAGAAAGCGCAGAUGCACAACUGCGCGCAAUGUGCGGACAAAUUCCUCAAAAGAGACGCUCUAAUCCGUCACAUUGAUGCGAAACACGGGGGUUUCAAGUACAGCUGUCCGCAUUGCCCGAAAGCGUACUCGACAAGGAAUAUUUUGCAACAACACGUUCAGAGUAAACACUCGCAAAGAAAAAACCACGAGUGCUCGCAGUGCGACAAAUCUUUCUCGACCGUGUACUGUCUAAAGUCGCACGUUAUAUCGGCGCACGAAGGGGUUAAACUGCCUUGCCCGCAGUGCCGAAAAAUGUUCACCAACGUGGAGUACCACCUUCGAUUCGUGCACGCCGUGCAAAAAGAGUACGGGUGUCCACUGUGCGACGAAAAAUUCUCGACCAGGCCAAGCAGAUUGGAGCACAUUAAAAAAACGCACGACGGCUAUCGUUACAAAUGCACGUAUUGCCCAAAAUCUUACAAAAGAAAAUACCAAUUAAUGUAUCACAUUCGAAUUGAGCAUGACGGUUCCCUACAAAGAUAUAAAUUCGUAUGUCCGCAUUGCCCGAAAGCUUUCACGAGAAGCGAUUAUUUAAAGAAGCACGUUAAAAUCAAACACGGCGAUCCCCUACAAAGGAUUACGUACGAUGGUCCACAUUGCCCAAAAGCCUUUAAAAGCGGCGAAGAUUUAAACAGAUACGUUCAAAGCCAACAUGGAGAUCCCUCACAAAAACAAAAUACAAAGUAG